AUGGGGUGGGGGUGGCUUGGAUUUCCAAACAGAAAGCCGGAGAGAAGUCAAGCUGCAGAUGACCCUCGCGUGGCUCUGGGCCGGCCAGAAAGUGGGAGACUGUGGAAAACAAACAGCGGCUGUGCAGAGACGAGAGAGCAGAGACACAGGCCGAGUCAUCGGGACGAGAGAGCACAGACACAGGCCUGCGACACCAGGACGAGAGAACACAGACACAGGCCCGCGACACUGGGACAAGAGAGCACAGACACAGGCCCGCGACACCAGGACAAGAGAGCACAGACACAGGCCCGCGACACCAGCACGAGAGAGCACAAACACAGGCCCGCGACACCAGCACGAGAGAGCACAGACACAGGCCUGCGACACCAGGACGAGAGAACACAGACACAGGCCCGCGACACUGGGACAAGAGAGCACAGACACAGGCCCGCGACACCAGGACGAGAGAGCACAAACACAGGCCCGCGACACCAGCACGAGAGAGCACAAACACAGGCCCGCGACACCAGGACGAGAGAGCACAGACACAGGCCCGCGACACUGGGAGGAGAGAGCACAGACACAGGCCCGAUGACACUGGGAGGAGAGAGCACAGACACAGGCCCGCGACACCGGGAGGAGAGAGCACAGACACAGGCCCGCGACACCAGCACGAGAGAGCACAGACACAGGCCCGCGACACCAGGACAAGAAAGCACAGACACAGGCCCGCGACACCAGCACGAGAGAGCACAGACACAGGCCCGCGACACUGGGAGGAGAGAGCACAGACACAGGCCGAGUCACCGGGACGAGAGAGCACAGACACAGGCCGAGUCACCAGGACGAGAGAGCACAGACACAGGCCGAGUCACCAGGACGAGAGAGCACAGACACAGGCCGAGAGAGCACAGACACAGGCCGAAAGGCACAACACAGGCCGCAGUCAGCAAGACGAGAGAGCACAGACAAGGGCGAAGAGCACGGACACAGGCCGAGUCAGCAGGACGAGAGAGCACAGACAUAGGGCGAGAGAGCACAGACACAGGCCGAGAGAGCACAGACACAGGGUGA